ACUGGCGGACGCAUGACUCACCCACCCGUGUGGUGCCUCUCGUCUCGUCGUCUGCGCAGUGAGCGGGCAGCAUCAGUGGAUUACACUCUUCGUGCCUUACUUUGCGCCUCUUGUCCUUGCCUUAUAAAUCGUUUUCAGAGUCACUCAUUGUUCGCUGUAAUCUGUGAUGAAGAGCGCUACUUAGUGCGGUGGUGUGCUGCUGGUAUCGGCAAUAUCUGUGAGGUGAAACACCAGGAGGUUUUGUUGAAUCUCUCUCUCUCUCUCUCUCUCUCUCUCUCUCUCUCUCUCUCUCUCAUGUGUGCAUUGCCCGGGCCACCACAUGCCAGGCACCUCCUCCCGUCGCCCACAAGACCUGCAGAAUCAAAAUAAACAGGACUGCCAUUUCUGCCUGCCUCCAGCGGUCCGUCCCCUGUCGCUGCCUGUCCUCUGCUCCCUGCUGAGUGCUACCCGUCGCCCAUCCGUCACCAAUAUGUGGGAUUCCCCUUCUCUGCCGCUACUGUAAGGGUGCGGCGGUUUGUUUGGGAUGGCGCCGGCCUGGUGGCACGCGGUGGCGGCGGUGGCGGUGGUGGUAGUAGUGGUGAUGCCUCCCUUGGCUGCUCCUUGCUCCUGUGAACUGCAUCACCCACAACAACACGUGUGUGACGCCGACUAUGUGGUGUUUGCCCGUGUUCGCCGCUUCACCACAACAGUAGACGGACAACAAGCUUACAAAGUGCGAGUGAAGCGAAUAGUAAAGGGAUCAGAGAAGGUGGAGCUAAUGUUGCAGAAGGGGCUGCUGUAUGCUUUGCCAGGCACUUGCGAGGCGGGGCUUCUCCCUCGCACCUCCUACGUCAUCAGCGGCUAUGUGGCUGGCUCCAAGCCUUGGGUGUCACUAUGUAACUUUGCGUCUCCUGUCAGAAACCUGACACCCAAAAUGAAAAAAGGCUUCCGGCUUCUCUAUCAGAGUGGCUGUGACUGUCAGAUCCUAUCAUGUCACCACUAUAAAUCCUGUCCACGGGCCUCAUACUUCUGCAGCUGGAGCACCUCACGCCAUCAUCAAGAUUGCCAAGGACGUCAAUCUGUGUGCUUGCGAGGACCAGAGGGACGGUGUGAGUGGCUGCAGGGUCGCCUCUACCGCCGUUGCAUGAAGACAUUACGUCACAAUAGCACAGCUCCUGGUCUUCCUCACCACAACACCAUUCGGUUGGUGGCUGAUGGAUCUCGCCGCCGGAAACUUUCAAAGUUCGCUUAUAAACGCCGGAUGGCACUCCGGAGGCGGCUUCGGCGACCCCGACCUGCCAUUGGUUAUAUCCCCAAGAAGUGGUAAUGGCCCUUCCUAAGCACCUCCCUCCUUCACUUUCUGCUGUCUUGGCCACACAGUGCAGUGCCAGGAUAGUGCCACGCCCUCAUUAGAGCAACACAUUAACUGACACUGACACUCGCACAACUUACCAAAUAUUAUAUCACUAGUCUGUUAUUCUACAUAUAUUGCCUUAACCCAGCUUGGAACAAGCCCCAUAUUGGGUUGGGAUAUAUACCACCUUGAGACAAAUGUAAAGUAUCCCUGUGCUGUGAUGCAGUCUUCUUAAUACUAAGAGGUAUAGUUCUUCCCAUAUUUGUGGUAUACCCCACUCCAUGUUUUAGGUGUGCACCAACAUGAAUUGAAACAUGCUCUGUUCUGUACUAUGAUGUGCCUUACUAUGGACCACAAUACACCUGUGAAAAGAAAGGGUUGUGAUGUUCCCCAUCCUGUGUUGAUGCCACAUGAUUAAGUUGUGAUGCCAUUAAAUAAAUAAAUAAUGCAUAUGAAACUUCAUUCCAUGAUGAGAUGUGCCCCUACUGGGUUACUGGAUUGAAAUUGGUUGAAGCGAUCCACAUUUGGAAGAGAUAUGCCCUAUAAGGAGCUGAGCAGCACCUUUUACCUGUCUGAAAUGUGUUGUAUCUCGGUUUAAAGUGUGCACCACAUUCAGCCCCAUUCUGGGCUGAAAUGCGAACUGCACAGUUACAAUGUAUGUGAUAUAUCCUAUGAUGACGUGUACCCUGAUCUUGAUGUGUCUUGCCCAGGGCUACGAUGAAGUGUGCUACAGUCAGAGUAAUACCUAAUCUCAUGCUUAGUUAUACAUAAUGCUGGGAUGUGGUUUAGUUAGUCUUAAAAUGUAAUGUAUCCUGCUAUGAGCCUCAUCCAGUACUAAGAUGUAAUCCCACCUAGGCUUUGCUCUGAUCUAUUGUCAAAUACAUAAAAUAUUUCAUUUGUUUCUGAGAGCUAUAUUUUUGUUUAUAUUUUUAAUCAAUUAGUGGUAAGGUAUAUCAACCAUUUCACCUCUUGAUCAUCAUUUUCUUUGCCAUCCUCUAUACCAGUGGUGGGGAAACUUUUUGGGUGUUACCUCCUAAAAUUUUUUAUUUAACUGAAAAUUACUCCUUCCCAGAUUUAAAAGUAUGUACACUUAUAUAUGCUAAUCAAAAAUAAAUUUGAGAUGGUCGGAAUCCCUGGAAAAAAAAAAAAGUUAAAUUCACUAGCUGACUUGAUUUUACACAAAGAACUCGAUAUGCAGGAAAAGAAUUUUGAAAGAUCUUUAUGCCAUUUGUUUAUUACCAAACCAACUAAUCAAAUAUUAAGGAAAUAUUUGUCUGUUAUCAUCAAGCAGAUAGUAAGGAACAUGAUAAAAUAAACUAAAAACUACCCA